AUACAUAAUACCGGCAGUAGUACGCGCUAUGAUGCCUGUGUCCUUUUGGUAACUGUCCUGCUGAUAACUCGGAAACAACGCAUCUCCACUUAUGGCCCCACCAGAGAUCCAGAAGCUGACAUCUAACAGUAAACCAAAAAAGGUAAGAGAACUCAAUCUUGAUGUGUUCCCCGAGGAGGACAAAAAGGGAAUAUGUGGUCUGGACCAGCCUCAAAAUCAUUGGCAGGGGGUAGGAGAGAGGGCAGAGUCUACCUAAACAUAUGCUGGACAGCUACACUGUUUACUGGAUAGCAUUAGCAUUUCACAGACUUUAUAAUUAACAAACAAUAAUUUAGCUUAUGUAAUAACUAAUAUACACAUACAUAUAAACAGUUUAUAUAAAUUAUUUUAUAUUUUUACAGAUAACUGGACAAUGCUAAAAUGAAGUCAAAUAGCUGGAAGUCAAAAUGCCGGAAGUUUCUGUCAGCCUUUAUCAGUCGCUUUUUUUUUGGUAUACAUGGGAUCUUUAUGAUACGUUGUACUGUGGAUGAGACAAAGAAUAAUGAUUACAUGUAUCUGCUCUUUAUUAUUGUCCUCUUGUUCAUUGAGAUGGCCAUCACACUGGCGUUAACAGACAAAGGAGAAUGGAAAUGGUUCUCACCCAUGGUUUUUAUCUAUCUGUGUGCCGCUAUUCCUUCCAUCUUUUUACUGGAACUUAAACUUAUACAUUUGGCACAGAAAGAGAGCAACGUAACAACAAAUACAACAUGUGACAAGAACCAAGGAGUGUUCCAGGAGAAAUCCACUCUUGUCCAAGUUUUGGAGCAGGCACUGAUCGUAGUCCUGAUACUGGGACGCUGGUUGAUGCCAAAAGGUGGCCUGAACAGAGAACAGCUUUCUCAGCUUCUCCUGAUCUACCUUGGGUUAGGGGCCGACAUACUGGAUCUUUUACAGCUAAUUCGAGAAAAGAGCGUGAAUGCUCAUCCAACUGUAGCCAUUGUAGGCCUGUGUCUCUUUUGCUGGACCAUCACACAGUUCACAAUUGUGCUCACACAAGAGGAACCAGCACCAAAGUCUCAGAAAACGAGCGUCACAGAGGAGUCGUUGUCAUUAUCAGAUGUUAAAAUGCACAAAAUGGCUAUUUGCAGCUCUAACGAAGUACAAAACUUCCUUAUCACUGUUACAAUGCACGAUGGACCAUUUCUUGUUUAUCGAGUUUACGUGGUAAUUUUACUUGGAGAAGUUACCGAUUCUAUCGUUUUCUUCAUUUUUAAAAACAUUUUAAAACUUGCAUUAGAAACAUACAGGCUUGGUGCGUUAUUAUACAAAGAUAGGCGGGAGAGGAAUAAAUAUGAACAAAAUUAAUGAAAUAAAAUUUUAGAACUGGGAAUUAGGGAAGGGGGAAGAGUGCAUGAAGUUUUGACCAGUAGUAUAUAAACAGGAUUGACCUAUGGGAGUGUCAACUUCAUGUUACUUAUGAAAUAGUGAU